UACCUUCUAAUCUAUAUUCAUACUAUUCCUUAACUUCUACUUUUAAUACUUCCGAAAGAGUUAAACGCAUGGAACCACACAACCAAACCAGUGCAUCUGAAUUCAUCCUCCUGGGACUUUCAGAAAAGCCAGAACAUGAGCCUGUCCUCUUCGCUUUGUUCCUCUGCAUGUAUGUGGUCACCGUCGUGGGGAACUUGUUGAUCAUCUUAGCCAUCAGCGCUGACUCUCACCUCCACACUCCCAUGUAUUUCUUCCUGGCCAAUCUCUCCUUGGUUGAUUUCUGUCUAGCCACCAACACUGUUCCUAAGAUGCUGGUGAACAUUCAAACCAGGAGCAAGUCUAUCUCUUAUCCUUGCUGUCUGACCCAGAUGUACUUUUUUCACUUUUUUGGCAUCAUGGACAGUGUCUUAUUAGCUGUGAUGGCUUAUGACCGGUUUGUGGCCAUUUGUCACCCAUUACAUUAUUCUGCUAUCAUGAGCCCACGCCUCUGUGGGCUGCUGGUCGGGGGCCCAUGGGUGUAUUCCUGUUUCAUCUCCCUCACCCACAUCCUCCUCAUGGCCCGUCUGGUAUUCUGUGGAAACAAUGAGCUCCCCCACUACUUCUGUGACCUCACCCCACUUCUACGGCUUUCAUGCACAGACACAACAGUAAACAAAAUCUUUGUGCUUAUUGUGGCAGGAAUGGUGAUAGCCACACCUUUUGUCUGCAUCCUCGCCUCCUAUGCGCGAAUCAUCGUGGCCAUCAUGAAGGUGCCCUCUGCGGGUGGCAGAAAGAAAGCCUUUUCUACCUGCAGCUCCCACCUGUCCGUAGUAGUCCUUUUCUACGGGACCACCAUUGGGGUCUAUCUGUGUCCCUCCUCUGUCCGCACAGCUGUGAAGGAAAAGGCUUCUGCGGUAAUGUACACAGCAGUCACUCCCAUGCUGAACCCCUUUAUAUACAGCCUGAGGAACAGAGACCUGAAGGGAGCCCUGAGGAAGUUCAUCAACAGAAAAAUCAGCACAUCCUCCUGAUCAUCAGAGCACUAGGGAAUUUCCAGGCAGCAGAAUCUAAAGAUCUGAGUUCUUCAACUAAAGUUGGAAUAGCAUGUGAAGAAAAAUUAAUCACUUUAAAUUCUGAGUUACAGAAAUCCAAGUGGCAAUUUCUAUGUGGCCUUUUAACUAUUGUCCCGUUCUAGUUGUUUUUAUUGUCAAUUUGGCACAGCCUGGGAUCACCUGGGAAGAGGGAAUUCCAAUUGGAGAAUUACCUGGGUUCAAUUGGUUUGUGAGUAUAUCGUGAGGGCUUAACUUAAUAGCUCCUUGAUGUAUGAAGGCCCAGCCCAUUAUGGACGGUUCCAUCCAUAGGCCCCUGAUCCUGUACUGUGUAACGAAGCCAGCUAAACACUAAAGAUGAGGCUUUCAGCAGGCCAACAUUGUCCCCCAUGGGUGUUGCUUUAAGUUUUUGUGAGUUUCUUCACUGGUGUCCUUCAAAGAUUGACUGUAACCUUU